AAGCCACGCUAAGUAGUGUGCUCUAAACAUCCUUUAAAGAAACCCGGAGACGCGAUUAGCAUCAUAAACAGUCCCUGCUGUCUUAGCAUAAGGUCAGUAUUGCGGGUUAAUUGUAGACAUGAUUCUCAAUCCGGCGGCUUAACAGUACACGGCCCAAGCUCGUCACGCGGUUGAUGUUUUCCUGUUGUCCAGUCAUCAUAUCACGUUUGCAGCUACAGCCUUGAAUUAUCUUACUUACUGAAUAUCAUGCCUCCGAAGUCUGCAAAGUCGCAAAAGCGACGGGCUCAGUCCCCAGAGCCUCCAUCCAGACGCGUCAAGUCGAUGGCAAGGAGACCUAGAAACCAGGCUCUUGGACCAAUCAUUGAAAAUAAAGCGCCAACCACGAGACUCGACGUAUAUGUGUUUGGAGGAGGCAGCACAGGAGAGCUCGGGCUGGGACCUAAAAAGUCAGUCGACGUCAAGAGGCCCCGGCUAAACCCUCUCCUAGAUGCAGAGAAAGUCGGGGUUGUUCAACUUUCUGCGGGUGGAAUGCAUGUUGCUGCUUUGACAUUCGACGGCAAGGUGCUGACCUGGGGCGUUAAUGAUAACUACGCCCUAGGUCGCGAUACCCCCUGGGAAGGAGGAUUGAAGGAUAUGGACGCGGCAGAAGACGAUUCCAGUUCGGGCACGAGUAGUGAUAUUGAACUAAAUCCGCACGAAUCUACUCCAACUGCUAUUCCUGGAAACAGCUUUCCGCCUGGUACGGAAAUCGUGAGCGUUACAGCAGGUAAUAGCGCGACAAUUGUCUUGACGCAAGACGGGCGGGUUUACGCCCUAACUUGGACGAAGUUACCGUCCCGACCUUGAUCGAUAAUACUGCUGUUCGGGAUAAGAAACUCACCUGGGCAGGAUCGGGUGGUCAAUAUUCUAUACUUGCGGGACCACAUCAACUUAAGUCAAAAGAAUAGUGUAGGCCAUUUCUCAUAUUGAAGUCCACCCCUGCAUUGCAUACGGCUUCCUCUGCUAUCCAAGCCCUUAUCACAUAGAUGUACGUACGGAGAAUGUCGACGCGACGGUUCAAGUCUUAUUUUCCGUCUAUCCUUAAGUAACUUAUCAUUUACCGCAGUGGAAGGAGAAAAGACACCGGUAUCAAGCGUCAGUGCCCGCGUCA